GAAUUUGCAGUGGAUGUCCUAUUUUUCAAGGUUUGGAAUAAGAGCAGGGAUUUAAAAACAAUUGUGAAAUUGGAAGAAUCAGAAGACAACUUACUCAAUAAACUCAUUGGGAAAGCUUCAGAAAAACUAUAUCUGAAUGGAAUAAAACUUGUAUUGGAAAGUGAUGGCACAACUAUAGAUGAGGAUGAAAUAUUGAGAGUCAUCAAAUCUGAUGUCUUCAUCUUGCUACAACCCAAAGAGGAAUGGGAACCACCCCAACCGAACACUUCCACUUCGACUUCAAUCGGAGAAGUCAUCGAAUACGACUAUCAAAUAAGACAACUCAACAGAGAUUACAAUGCUUUUACCUGGGACAACUUUGAAAUAAAUUGGGAACAAUUUCCCAGUUACGUUUUGAGGGCAUGCACCAAAGGUAAAAGAGAAAAACAAGUCAUCACGCACAUCAUCCAUAGCAUAGUGAACAAAAUGCGUGAAAUCAAAACACACAUACCUACAUACGCAUUCAAGGUGGUCAGCAGGAAACUGAUUGAAAAAUACCCGAACAUGUUUUUAGACGUCGAUGAAGAUGGUGUAGUGAUUGCCGAUGGUUGCCAUUCUGUCUACAAGAAGCUGCAGGAUAGAAACAACUAUCUCAAUAGACCCUACAAGAGGAAACCGAGCCAUAAACGCAAUAAUUCACGUGAUCAUAGUAACAGACUAGGUACCAGGUCUGAUUGUAUGUUUUUGACACCCGACAAUGCUGAUGCUGCUACUGAAGCUACUGAAGAUUAUAAUGAUGAGGAUGAUGCCUUCUAUGAAAACUUGGAGAGAACUUUCACUGGACAAAGGAACUUCAUAAAGAGUAACCCAACUUAUGACGAGAUUAAGAAACAAUGGCCGGUUCUACUUAACGGUAGAGCCAUAAUAUGGCAUUUCAAUAAAUUGACGAAUUUGAAUUUAUAUAGAAUGGGAGAAAAAGUUGUUGAGAGGUAUCAGAAAUUUUUGAAGCUAGCAUACUCAUCGAAAAUUGAUGUCGCUUCCGAAGAAGAGCUCCUACAGAUUGUGAAAAUACUGUCUGUCUAUUUCAAGGAAGAUUUGAAUUGUUUCUAUGCUGAGUCCAAAACACUACCAAAAGAAGAAGCAAUUGAAGGAGUUUACCCUUAUAUUAUUGCAGUUCCUGAAAUCAUAAAACCAUACCAAUGUACUAAAUGCGACAAAAGCUAUACAACGAGGAGUGCUGCAAAUUACCACGAGUAUUAUAGAUGUAACAAACCACCUCAGUUCAAGUGUCAUCACUGCGAGAGAAAAUUCAGGCAUGGCAUAUCCCUGAAAGAUCACUUGUUCGUGCUACAUGGUGAAAAAGUGGGCAGACUCGAAAUGCGAAAAAUUGGCCGUACAAGGAAAACCUGAUAAAUUUUCGAUUCAGAAAUGAUUUCGCGAUUCGAUUUUCUAGGAAGAGCUAGAGUGCCACGAACAGCUCAUUCCACGCCUUUCGGAGAGUGUGGACACGCUUGUUAUGUUCAUAAACACCUUAACAAAAACAUGAUACAC